GCGUUUACUGAGAGAGUUGAUCGGGAUGAGUUUGUGUGAUGAAUAUAACGAAUGCGCUCUGUUUUCCCUCGGUGUGGUGAAAUCUGAGUGCAUGCACGUUUUUCAGUUGUAGGAAAGAGUCGCACCGGAGAUCAUAAGGACUGCAUUGAGAUAUAGAGUGAGCUGUUCAGUGUCGUGAUGUAUCGCGGUUCUAGGCCGCACCGAGGAGACUAUGAACAUCAUCAUCCGCCGUCUCGUGGUUUUGAUCCCCGGUCUGGGCCAGGCCAUCCUCCCGAUCCGUACCGGCGUCCGUCACCGCGGAGGAGAUAUUCAUCACCCGGAGCAAGAGAUCCGCCUGAAGAGUAUAGAGGAGGAGGGAGACCUUCGAGACCCUAUAGGAGAUACAGCCCUUCACCUCCUCGUGGUGGUCUUCCUGUUGAUCACAGUCUGGUCAUAACUGUGGGCAAUGAGCUGACUAAUCCACCAGGCUACAAAGGCUCAGAUGCGCCCUAUGUCCGCGAUUACGGUGCUGGAGACCCACCUUACAAAAAGCCCCAUUAUUCUCCACGGAGGUCAAGCUACGAUGACAAAAGCGAUAGGGGUUCAAGACGGCGCAGUCUUAGUCGUGGCAGAAGCAGGGGGCGGAGCCGUAGUCCUGGGUAUGUGCGCAGCAAAAGUCGGCCGCGUAGCCGGAGCAGAAGUCGCAGCUACAGUCACGGCAGGAGUCCUGAGCGGGCGAAGAGCCGAGCGCGUAGCAAGAGCCAAACUCGUGGGAGGAGCUACAGUAGAAGUCGUAGCAGAAGCAGUAGUCCCAAACGCAGUAGGGCGAGGAGCAAGAGUCGGCACCGUAGCUGCAGUCGAGACAGGAGCCGUAGCAGAGGGAGGAGUCACGCUAGGAGCCGCAGUGUCAGUCAGAGUGGUAGCAGCAGCCACAGCUCGAAUAGUAGUCGCCAUGGCAGUGUCAACAGAAGAGCCCAAUCAGGUGCAGAGGUGGAGGAUUUUAGGGAGCUAGAGAAGGCUCGACGACGUAAGGAAAUUCAGGAUACGCUUGGAAAGCCUGCAAAGUCUAUUUUGAAGAAAAGGGUGGACUCCUCCGAGACGGAUUCGCCCAUGCUAGUGCAGAAUAGUGAUUCUCCUCGAGGAAACCCAGACAGUAUUCUUUCACAUGAGGCAGAACAGCUUAUCUGUGCACUGUCCAAAUCUUUAGAUCCAGACUUGUUAGCAUCCAUGCUGGGGAAAAGCUCUGAUGCCAGUGCUCUCGAACAGCUGAUUGGCAAGAUCCAUCCAGCCAAAGAUGGUGGAAGUGACAUGCCUGAUGAGAAAGAAAGACAGGACAAAUCAGACCUCACUGAGUUCCUUGGAAUGAUGGCAGAGGUUGUAGCACAACCACCGACUACAAAGAAAGGACUUGCAGAUAUUGAAGAUGAGGAGAAAUUUCUCUAUGGAGAUGAAGAGGAAGAUGUUGAGGAGCACAAAAAGGUGAAACCAGCUAGGGAGAUUCCAACAGCUGAACAACCUGGCUUUCUGGACACGAGGUACCAACAGUCUCAUGAUAUUCCGAGAAAAGAACAUGCCACUACACCUUAUGCUUUUGGCCAUGAUGGAGAAGAUGCAGUGAGCCAUUUGCAAAGAGAGAGCAGGCAGCCAGACAGGCAUCAUUCUUCGGCUACACCUGAGGUGCAUUCCAAGGAAGAACUUGAUGACUUGCCACCUGGAGUUUUUCCGCAGGAUGUCAAAGAAAGGAAGGAGGUAGAGGAAUAUGAGAAGAUACAAGACUUACUGAAGACCAUUGGCUUAGACUUGGGUGUGGCUGACAUCAGCAAGAUGGCUGCUAGGACGCAAGAGCGUCUCCAUGGUAACACCCCUGCAAAGAAGGCACCCAUUCGUCGGCAGUCCGAGAGAAAGCACAGGAGCUGCAGCAGGAGUUACAGCAACAGUAGCAGCAGUAGUAGGAGCUCCAGUAGAAGCCACAGUCGGAGUAGCAGCAGAAGUCAAAGUAGGAGCUACGGUCGCACUUCAAGUCGCUGCAAGAAGAAGCCAGUUUCACCGGAACAAAGAUCCUCAAGCUCCCACAGUCAGAACAAAAAGGAGAGUCGCCAUAGCGUCACUGAAGGCGAGUGGCCUUCAACACCCACGGCCGGUCCCGGGACACAGAUGUAUCCUCCCCAACCCAGCCUCUCAACACACCCUAUGGCUCAGUACCCUCAGCCACCCCCACGUAGGGUAAUGCCACCUGACUACCCUCCAGGUGGUUAUGACCCAUAUGGCAAUUACGUUCCAUAUAUGCCUCCGGGAUGGCCAAUGUACCCACCUCCAGGUAUGCCACUGCCACCUCACAAUCCAAUGGAUCCCUACCGACUCCCCAACAUGGAGCGAACCUUUCUUAAAGUGAUUGAAACAGCAGCAAGUGAAGGAAAAGAGAUGGAUAAAAUAAAACCCUCUAAAUUGGACGAUGUGGCCUCCAAAGCGAUCACCAGUAGCAUUCAGAGGCGAGUUAUUGAAGAUAAGAAUACUGCCAGCCAAAAACAAAAGGUCACUGAAGAGCUUGCAAAGCUAAAAAUGGAAAAAGAAAUACGACUGAAGAGAAAAGAAAAUCUAUUAAAGGAGGUGGAGACAUUAAGAAGGGAGCAAGGGGAACUCUUAAGAAAGAAGCGAAGGGAGAAAGAUGGGCAUAAAGACCCGGUCCUAACAGAGCUCAGUCACCUCCAAGAGGAUGCGAUGGCCCGAAUCUCCAAACUACGUGCUGAACAGAAGGAGGCUGAUAAAAAACAUGAAGAGCUGGUCAAAGUUUCGCUUAUCCUUGGUAUAGACAAAUACUCGAAGAUCUCUGGGGACCAUGGGCAGCAGCCUGCUCAGAGUAAGGAGUCGUCGACCAGAAGCCCAGAGAAAACAGGGGCCUCCACUGGCACCUCUUUAAAUAAGGUUGCCCCAUCAAAAUCAAAAGCCUGUCCUGAAAAACGCAAGUCGUCACCUCCAUCGAGCAGCCGUUCCCUGGACACUGCUGCCGAACAAUUCGAGUACUACGAUGCAGGAAACCACUGGUGUAAAAACUGCAAUGUUACCAGUGGUUCAAUGUUUGACUAUUUCAUGCAUUUGCACAACAAAAUACAUAGGAAGACUCUAGAUCCUUACGACAGACCAUGGGCAAAAUCAGAGAGUGAGAAGAAACAUCCAGUGGGUGAGAGGACUUCAAAGCCAGCAAAAGGCUCUGAGUUCUUGAUCCCUUUACGGGGAUUCUUCUGCCAAUUAUGUGAAGAAUUUUUUGGGGAUCCCAUUUGUGCUGAAGCUCAUGUCACCUGCCAUGCUCACAAUGAGAAAUACAAGGCCAAAAUAUAUGAAAAUCCCCUUUACGAACAAAGAAGGAACUUGGACCGUCAGGCUGGCUUAGAGAGCCAAAAGAGUUCAGACCACAAACGAAAACGUGAAGACGACUGUCAUGAUGAUGUGAAGAAAUCCAAACCUGGCAAAGAAGAAAGAAAAAUGUUGUUCGAUAAUGUGGAGCCAAAACCACAGUACAGCAAGGAGGAUACGUACAGGAAUAUCAAGGAGAAUGAGAAUACCUUUAUGGAAGAACGUUUUAAAUACAGGAAAGAGGAUUUAGAUAAACAGAAAUACAAGGAGGAUGAGAGAGUCAAAAUCAAGAAGGAAGAGGAAGAGAAAGAGAAAGCCAGGUACAGAAGAGAGGAAGAGGAAAGAUACAUGUACAAGAAAGAAGAGGAAUGCACAUAUAGGUAUAGGAAGGAGGAAAAUAAUAAAUAUAGAUUCCGAAAAGAUGACGAUAGGGGCCGAUAUGUUAGAGAAGAGGAGAAGCCCAAGUAUAGCAAAGAAGAGGAUAAAAGGUACAAAUACACUCAGGAUGCAGAGGAGAAGAAGUCCAAAUACAAAGAUGAGGAUGGGGGGAGUUCAACUAAAUCAAAGUGGAAUGAGGCAGAGGAAAGUAAUGAGCAAUGUGGAAUGAAGGAUCAGAAGGGCAAGUCAGGUUUUUUCAAAGAUGACAAGGUAAGCAAAAGGAAGCCCAACGAUAAAGACAUCAAAGUAGAUCCAGAGAAACCAAGCGAGUCCCCUAAAGUCUUCAGUGGGCCGAGCCCUGCCUUGCUUGCUAAACUUCGCAAGAAGAAUGAGGAGGCUGCAGCUCGACCUGGCUUUGGAAAGUUCAGCCGAAAAAAGCCACUGAAGACAGCACUGGAGAAGGAAGCAGAUAGAAUAGCGGCACAAUUCAUAAAGGAAGAUGAAGCAAGUGUGUCUGUUGUAGACGAAGAGAACAAAGAUCCUGAGCAAGAUGCUUUUACGAAGUCUAUCGCUGCUGCAAAGUCUAUUGUGAUUAAACUAUCAGCAAAGUCUGUGCUCCCACCCUCCGAUGAAUGGCUGGCUUACAACGAAAAUAAAAGUAGUCCCAACUUUCCUCCUACCCCUACUCCGAUGGUUCUUAGGAAGUCCUUCACUGGUGUACAAAAUAAACCAACAACUACUAGAGACAAGCCUCCUGGAACCGUACCAGGAAAUCAGACUCAAAAGGGUCCAGCAUUGCCAGCAGACCUAAUCUCCAAAGCAUUUAGUGGUGAAGAGGUGCAAUUAAAACUUAAAAAGGACAUCCCUGCAAGCCCUGUAGAUACCUUCGACACAGCUGUACCACUUGUCUCCACCCCUGCUCCACUUGUCUCCACCCCUGCUCCACUUGUCUCCACCCCUUCUCCACUUGUCUCCACCCCUGCAUCACUUGUAUCCACCCCUGCACCAAUUGCAGUAGCAGAAAGGGUAAAUGCCCCCCAGGUGAAACUUAUUACCCAAAGUAAAUGCUUUGUUACUGUCAAAUCUGAUGUUGCUGCUCCUGGAGUGCCUGAGGAGGAGCAGAAGCUCAGCGUAAUAUUUCGUCCUCCUCCUCUGCUUCUUACUAACUCCACUGGCCCAUCCCCAAAAACUGUAAAGCCAAAGACAACUCUGGCAGCAGGAAUAGCAAAAGAUUUGUUUGACAUUUUCUAUAGUGGAAACUCAGCUGUUAAAAGUUCUGGUGCCAGUGUUGGCAACAAACAAGACUCAAUCUUUACAGCUCCAGACAAGGAUUCAAGCAGUAAGAAAACCUCUGAAGGUAAUGAGUCCAACAACAAAGAUAUAAAUGAUAGUGAUGUUACACAGAGCGAAGAACCCCCCAAGAGCAAAGACUUGCAAGUUGCAUGGAGAGACGAACCCUUGAAGGACGAAGACUCACAAGUUGCACAGAGCAAAGAACCCCACAAGAACGAAGACUCACAAGGGUCACAGAGCAAAGAACCCCCCAAGGAUGAAGACUCACAAGGGUCACAGUGCAAAGAACCCCACAAGAACGAAGACUCACAAGGGUCACAGAGCAAAGAACCCCCCAAGGACGAAGACGCACAAGUUGCAUGGAGCGAAGAACCAACCAAGAACGAAGCCUCAGAAGUUAAACAAGCAUCUGAGGAUGAAAAUCUAAAGGAAAAUAUUGAUUCAAAAGAGGAAAAGGUUGAUGAACAUCAAGUCCUUACUUCAGAAAUCUCUGAGGGGGGUGAAACCAUGAUGGAAGUUGAUAGUUUGCACACAAUCCAACCAAACCAUAAUGAAGAGGAAACCCCUCUGGAAUCUGAGGAACCCAUGCCAUUCUCCCCUCUUCCAGGUUCUUUCACUGAGCAACUGAACUUAGACACAUUUGAAUUCAAUUUUGAGCCUUUGUAAAGGACCUUCCGAGUGUAGGUUUAGGGAUGUACAUGUUAUCUCUGAAUUUAAAUAACUGUGGUUUUGAAGUAUUCUCUUUAUUUGCUUGACCCAGGUAGAAUGUUUCAUGUCUAUUCUUAACCUUUUGGCAGGUAAUGCCAGUGAAUGCGUGGACUGAAAAUUCUUUCAUUCUGAAGUGGGUGCUGGGAAAGGAAUCCCUUCUAAGAGAAUGAAAACUUUCAAGUAAUGAAUCCUUAAUAUCUGUAAGAGUUUUACUAUAUUCCUGUCAAAAGCACCUGGUGUUUUUCCUUAUUCUGUUUCCAGCAGAAAUCAUUCCUUUUUAAACACAAGUAAUGUAAAAAUAUUAGAAAUAUGUGUAGCAAAAAAUUCAGACUUGAUCUGUGCAUACCAUUUAAAUGAAUUAAGAUAUUUUAACACAGGAGCCAGAAAGAUCCCGGCUCAGAGGAGAGAAAUGAUGUGGAGUUCAUGCUUCAAGGACAUAUGCAUUCACAACUGUUGCCAGAAAAUGUCAAGCUUGGCCUGUAAAAUUCUUAUCACAUUAUACUGUUUAUUGAUGGGUUUUCUUUACGGUUUCUGUUUUUUUAAAGAACAAAUCCUGUUGUUGUUUGUUCACAAUGCUACCAUGCUAGUUUGGUAUGUGCAAGUAAAUGGUUGAUGUAACUGCACAGGUUCUGUGCUAGCUCAAAUAAAUCACAGAUUCCCUUUGUUUGCCUCUUAUGGAUAUACUUAUUGAUGCCAUAAUUGUUGUACAAAUGUAUAACUUCUUGCACACGCUGUGCCAUAUCUUUAGUUUUGACACAAGCUUCACAUAUGAAUGCAGAUAUAGAGUAUGUGCUAAUAUUGGUUAUAAGCAUCAGAACUAAUAUUCUAGAAUUUGAGAUUACUGAAUUUGUUUUACAUUUUUUAAAUGAUUUGUAAUUGUGCAUUGUUUGCAUGCAAAUCGCACAGAUCUGAAUGGUCAGCAUUUGAAAGAAUCAUUAAAACGAUAUUAUGUACAUAUAAAAUAUUUGGUAUUACAUUAUAUUAUGUAUUGAUGUCUUUGCUAUUUCUUAUUUGGAGAUAUACCAGUAGGUUGAUUUUCCGUCAUUUUGUUUUUUAAUGACAAUAAUAUUACAGCUAAAACUGACAUCUGCCGUUAUGGAGGCUGAAGCAACAGCAAAAAGUACAUCUGCUGUGAUCCAUGAAGGUAAGAGUUUAAUGUCCUGUUUAUAUGUUUUACUGUGCAUGAAUCAACCGCAAUUAAGGACAGUUGUUUAAUUUACAGCUCAUUUUUCCAGUUUGGCCAUUGUACGCCAUUUAUUCGAUUCCAAUUAGUUGUGUGUCCGUCCCUUUUAUAUACUUAUACACAUUACUUGAAAAUAACAUUAGGUACUUAAUAAUUCUUAUGAAAAUGA